AUGAACAUCGCAUACAAACGUCUGGACUCGUCGAGGCGCGAGAUACGCCUCAUCGAGAUAUCGUCAGCCCGCGACCUCAGCGCCCCGAUCGAGUGUCGCCUCGUCACUCACCGUCUCAACGAUGACCUCGAGUAUAUCGCCCUCUCGUCCCUCUACGGCGACUCCUCCGACACCGAUAAGAUCUUCGUUAACGGUCAGCCCAUCACAAUCACCACACAUCUCUCCAUGGCCCUCAAGAACAUCCGCGCCGUCUUCUACCCGACAAUCUCACAACGCUUCCAGCGCGUACCCAUCAGGAAGCCCCACGCCGGUCCUCGUUGGUUGAGACAGCUCCUCGGCCUGAGCACCUCGAACCGUUCUUCAGGCGACGGCCAAACGCUGCGGGUGUGGUGCGACUUCCUCUGCAUCAACCCGAGCGACGAGUGGGAGAAGUCGAGACAGCACACCGACAUGCGGAACAUCUACAGGUCGGCCGAGCUCGUCGUCGGCUGGCUGGGCGAGAAGAUGGAGCACACGGACGCGGGCAUGGAGGCCUUCGCCGAGAUCGAGGACAUGAUGCCGCCUCAUUGGGGAGACCCGGGCGACCGGGAGAAGAAUCCGCAGGACUAUGCGCCGACGCACGAGUGGGCGAAGAAGAUUGCCCACAUCUGGGAGGACGGUCCCAACGGCGAGAUCCCGUUCAUGAUGCCGCGGUGGGUGGGCGGCACAGACUUCAUGACGCGGCCCCUAUUCCAGCGCCGCUGGAUUCUUGAGGAGCUUGCCAUGGCUCGGUUCCCGACUUUCCUCAUCGGCGACAUCAUCGUGCCGUGGAAGCAGGUACUUCGCCUCAACCGGAUGUUGGAGGAGUUCAAGUACCAACGCUCUUACGUCUUCCCUGCGAAACUUUCCGCCAUGAUUGCCGAUUUGCCCCUUGAGUCUGCGGCUAAAUUACUCGACGAAUUCGCCAAGAGGGAGGCCCUGGAGGAAGCCAAGAUCCUCCAGGAACACGCCACCAGCAGCAGAGCAACCUCUUCGAGCAGAUCUACCCAUUAA